UCUGCAUCCCAUCCUCCCUCAUUUCCUUUAUAUACCAUACCCAUCACCGUAGUGCACCACUCCCCGUAACAUCAAACUGUUUCUUUCUUUCUUUCUACAAGGAAAAACUUGGUUUCCUUCUAAUGCGAACCUCUCUUCUUCUCCGCUCCCACAAUUGUCUUCAAGGCAGCCACGAUGUCUUGUCCCUCACUCCAUCUUCCAUCAGAUCACAAAGAAACCCUAACCCAAACCCUAGCCCCAACCCUUACCAGACUCGCCGGCGGAAGCUCCACGACGGCGACCGCUCCGGCAUGGUGGUGAAAGGCCCCUGCGCGAACCUUGUCAUGGGCCAAGUCAAGAUCCUCAAGAGAGGCGAGACGCUCAGCCCCGAGAACCCCCGCCGCGCCAAUUCUUUCGACGACGACGACGGUGGUUUCGAUUUUGUAUUGGGAUCCACGAACCGGUUGGGCCCCGAUCCGAGCUCCGUUCCGGUCCCUGGGUUCCUCGCGUUGAGGCGGUGAUGAUGAAUUGGUUGAUUGAUUAUGCUGUUGGAUUUCGGUGUUGAUCGCACGCACGUGAGAGUCACGUGAGGAGGAGCGGCUGUUGAGAUCUUUCUUGAUCGUUUAAUUUGAUAGCACGGUCUCGACGAGCGAAUGAUUUUGAUUUGUUUGGGUGCGAGCGAAUGAAGAAACCUACGAAAGCGAAAGGGGAAAGCAGCUUGUGUGGAUCAGGGUUCAACUUUUGGUCCCCUGAGGGAGGGUUUAGGUCGCUGUUGAAGACAAGAAUAUGAUAUCGAAUUGUGUAUUCCUAUAGUAUUCUUUUAGAAUACCACGUUACCACUUCAAUUUAGUAUUUGAAUUUUUUUUUUAAAAAAACAAAAACAAAAACAAAAACGUGUGCGAGUGUUUGUGGGUGCUGUGUUGGGUUUCGUUUCUUGGAUGUGUUUUGCCAUUUUGAUAUACUGGUGUAGUUCUGAAACUUAAUGCAAUAAAUUUUUGUCUUUUUUUA